AUGAGUCAACCCUCCGAGAGUCAGCCUUCCGACAACAGUCAGCCUUCCGACAUCAGUCCGCCUUCCGUGAUUCUCGCAACGGCUAGCUAUGAUCGUACCAUCCGAUUCUGGGACGUCACAACCGGUCGCUACUACCGUACCAUUUACCAUCCUGCUUUGCCCGUAAAUGAGCUCCAGAUGAGCCAUCAACGAAACCAAGAUAGGCCUCAGAAUGUAAACAAGCUCGAGAUAAGCCCAGAUAAGCGUUAUCUGGCAGCAGCUUGCAAUCCUUACAUACGAAUCUUUGAAACCGAUUAUGAAAGUCUUGAACCUGUGAGGACUUUUGUUUCACACACCAACAAUGUUACGGCAAUAGGGUUUAAUUAUGAUGGCCAACUGAUGCAUUCAGGAUCAGAGGAUGGCACAGUUAAGAUCUGGGACAUGAGGGCUCCCCAUCAGCACGAGGUGUACGAAAUGAGAUGCGUAAAGGACUAUGCCAAUGAUUACGCUGUUAACACAGUUGCUUUACACCCAAAUCAGGUUGAGCUGAUAUAUGGAGACCAAAAGGGCAAUGUUCGUUCUUGGGAUCUCAGAGUAAACAAGUGUAUAUAUGAACUGGUACCAGAAGCUGGUGUAGCUGUGCGGUCUUUAACUGUUAUGCUGGAUGGGACAAUGCUGGUUGCUGCAAACGAUCGUGGCAUAUGUUAUGCAUGGAGCAUUAUGCCUGGAGAUCAGAUGACGAGCGUGUAUGAGCCCCUUCAUAAGCUAGAAGCUCAUGAUCACUUCAUUCUCAAAUGUCUCAUCUCUCCUGAUAACAGGUACCUAGCAACCGCAUCAACUGAUAAAACUGUCAAGAUAUGGAACACCAAUACUUUCCAGCUAGAGAGAGUUUUAACAGCAUCAUCGGACGAGACGGCUAGGCUGUGGAGGAUGCAUGAUGGAACAGAAGUGCAAGUGUACCGAGGUCAUCACAAAGCCACUGUGUGUUGUGCACUCAGUGAUUAG